GGCUGGUUGGAAGCAAGGCUGCCGCUGUGGUGGCGGAGGCGGCUCGACGCAGAACAGGUGGAACGAGAGAGAGGACCAUCGGUGCAGAUCUGGCCGCCAUGAAGCCCCCCGCAGCAUGUGCAGGAGACGUGUUGGAUAUGGCAUCUUCGGGCUCUGUCAUGAACUACCUACGAUGGGACCUGAGCGCCCAGCAGAUAGAGGAGCUCACCAAGGAGCUCAUAGAGCAAACCAAGCGUGUGUAUGACCAGGUGGGCUCCCAGAAGUUCGAGGAAGUGUCAUAUGAGAGCACACUCAAGGCGCUGGCCGACGUGGAAGUCACCUACACAGUUCAGAGGAAUAUCCUUGACUUUCCCCAGCAUGUUUCUCCCUCCAAGGAUAUUCGGACGGCCAGCACAGAGGCGGACAAGAAGCUGUCUGAGUUUGACGUGGAGAUGAGCAUGCGGCAGGAUGUGUACCAGAGGAUAGUGUGGCUCCAGGAGAAGGUUGCAAAGGACUCGCUGAGGCCAGAAGCAGCUCGGUACCUGGAACGGCUCAUCAAGCUGGGCAGGAGGAAUGGGUUACAUCUCCCCAGAGAAACUCAGGAAAAAAUCAAAAGCAUCAAGAAGAAGCUCAGUCUACUGUGCAUCGACUUCAACAAGAACCUGAAUGAGGAUACAACCUUCCUGCCGUUCACACGUGAGGAGCUAGGAGGGCUCCCCGAGGACUUUCUGAACUCCCUGGAGAAGAUAGAGGAUGACAAGCUGAAAGUCACUCUCAAAUACCCCCAUUACUUCCCCCUCCUGAAGAAGUGCCACGUGCCUGAGACCCGGCGGAAGGUGGAGGAGGCCUUCAACUGCCGCUGCAAGGAGGAGAACUGUGCCAUCCUCAAGGAGCUGGUGACCCUGCGGGCCCAGAAGUCCAGCCUGUUAGGUUUCAGCACACACGCAGACUAUGUCCUGGAGAUGAACAUGGCCAAGACUAGCCAAGCCGUGGCCACAUUUCUAGACGAGCUGGCACAGAAGCUGAAGCCACUGGGGGAGCAGGAGCGCGCCGUGAUCCUGGAGCUGAAGAAGGCUGAGUGUGAGCGGCGAGGCCUGCCUUUUGACGGGCACAUCCACGCCUGGGACAUGCGCUACUACAUGAACCAGGUGGAGGAGACACGCUACCGUGUGGACCAGAACCUGCUUAAGGAGUACUUCCCCAUGCAGGUGGUCACCCAGGGGCUGCUGGGCAUCUACCAGGAGCUCCUGGGGCUGACCUUCGACCUGGAGGAGGGUGCUAGCGUAUGGCACGAGGAUGUGAGGCUGUAUGCUGUGCGGGAUGCAACCUCAGGGGAGGUGAUCGGCAAGUUCUACCUGGACCUCUAUCCGCGGGAAGGGAAGUAUGGGCAUGCAGCCUGCUUUGGCCUGCAGCCCGGCUGCCUACGGCAAGACGGGAGCCGCCAGAUUGCCAUUGCAGCCAUGGUAGCCAACUUCACCAAGCCCACCCCAGAUACCCCGUCCCUGCUGCAACACGACGAGGUAGAGACCUACUUCCACGAGUUUGGGCACGUGAUGCACCAGCUCUGCUCUCAGGCAGAGUUUGCCAUGUUCAGCGGAACACAUGUGGAGCGAGACUUCGUGGAGGCGCCUUCACAGAUGCUGGAGAACUGGGUGUGGGAGGAGGAACCACUGCUCCGGAUGUCACGGCACUAUCGAACAGGUGGCACCGUGCCUCAGGCACUCCUGGAGAAGCUCAUUGCAUCCCGGCAGGCCAACACAGGUCUCUUCAAUCUGCGCCAGAUCGUCCUUGCCAAGGUGGACCAGGCCCUGCACACGCAGACGGGUGCAGACCCAGCAGAGGAGUAUGCCCGGCUCUGUAGGGACGUCCUCGGGGUCCCUGCAACACCAGGGACCAACAUGCCUGCAACCUUUGGCCACCUGGCAGGCGGCUAUGAUGCCCAGUACUACGGCUACCUGUGGAGUGAGGUGUACUCCAUGGACAUGUUUCACACACGCUUCAAGCAGGAGGGCGUCCUGAACAGCAAGGUCGGCAUGGACUACAGAAGCUGCAUCCUGAGGCCCGGUGGCUCAGAGGACGCCAGUGCCAUGCUGAAGCGCUUCCUGGGCCGUGACCCCAAACAGGACGCCUUUCUCCUGAGCAAGGGGCUGCAGGUGGGGGGCUGUGAGCCACAGGCAUGCUGACACCCCAGCUGUCAGACUGCCCUGGUCCGGCCCACAUUCUGGGACCCCAAAGCCUUAGCCUCCAGCAGGACAGGGCAGGCUCCAGCACAGUGCCCAGGUAGGGCAGGUGUGCAGGGGUGGAGGACAUGGCUCUCACCCCUCAUGGUCCUUACGCCUCCACCAGAGGCUGCCCUGUGAGGUUUUGUGCUUGCAGCGUCUGGAGAGGUCUGGAGAGCUCUGGUGUCGCCCAGGGCCUCGUCUUUGUUGCACUAACAUGUCCCCUUCCUGGGAGCAUUCUUUGUUACAUGUGGGUUUUGCUUUGAAAUGUGGUCAUUAAAAAGGAAACAAAACAAACAAAAAAAAGAAAACAAACAAACAAAAAAACAAACAGGAGAAAGGCUCCCAGCCUGGUCUGUGGCUUCUGCCCUUUCUCUCCUUGGAUGGGAAUAUAGUGUUUCUGGUGAACACUGGACAUUGUGAGGUCUUGGGCUCUGACCUGCCUGUAACCCCAGCAUGAAUUAUGACAAGCUUGGGGCUCUAGGGAAUGACUGAGCUGUUGGAGGGGGUAAAGCCCCAGGGGUUCAGAACCCCUGGAAGGGUUCCCUGUUGUGUUCAACCAGGCUGGACUGCUGGAGUGUUCUGCUUCCUGCUCACACCUCAUCUGGGAUUGUCCUGGAAAAUAUUUCGAGUCCUUCCCUCACUCCUCCCCCUCCCUAUUGAGCUCUAGCACUGCAGAACCAGGUCAGAGUAGGGCCAGUUGGGUAGGCAGCUGCCCAUCCGUGUUCACCAGGGGGAACACAACUUCCUGGGUGUCCGCAGGAGAGACUCAGCUCAUUCUGGCUUCAGGCCCAAAGACUAUGGGGGUUUACUUGACAUGAGCUGGCUUCUAAUUGAUCAGUGAAGCUGCUAGGAGCUCUGCCAUGGCCUCUGUUAGGUGACCUUGAAGACUAGGUCAGCCUUGGCCCAGAGGCUCCCAGUGCCUUGUGUCCUCCCUUGGCCCUUAGAAUCAUGGCAAAGUCUUGACCCAGGGGUAGGAUGGACUUCCUGGAUCUUCUGAAAAUUCCCCCAAAUGCCUCCGUAAUCCUGCUUAUUUGGGUCCUUGACCCCCUUAAGGAGGGGAUCAGAAGGGGACAGGAGGCCUCCCUUAAGUCUAAGCACUGGCAUUUCCUCCUAUGCCACGAAUCUUCCCCCUGAGUCUUCUGCGGAAGAUGCUGGUCAGUGGAACCAGUGACAUUCCUUGUUCCUAACCCAUCUUCCCAAGGCCAGAGCAGCAGCCACAUGGCCACCUCUGGUCAUCAUCUCAUUUAGGAUGGGAUUCUUUGGGCUGUGCUGUCUGUCUCAUCCCAUUUUCCCUGAGCCUGUGCACCUAGCUCUGUUUCCUGUGCCCACUUCUGUCCUUUAAACUAGGGAGACAAAGGAUGAAUUUUCUCUUGGCAGAACUGACAGGCUCCGCACAAUGCCUAGGACCAGGUGCCUGGAAGGUGGGGAUUGAUAUCCAGAGUCAUGAUAGCUGUUGCUUAUGCUGAAAAUACCUGGGGCUUGGAAAAGGCAAGAAAAUGAGAGAUCACAGCAGGGCUUCCAUGAGACAGAUGACAGGGGCAAAGCCCCUCAUUCUGGGCUCAGGGGCAUCAAGUCUGGGAUACCCUUGCUCUCCUUUGUGCUAAGCUCACACUUGUCCCCACCUCAUCCCUGUGCAAAACUCAGAUGUGCCAGAGCACUCCCC